AUGAAGCGCUUUAGCCAGAGAGUUCUCUCUCGGGGCAAGGACCCUAGCAAAUCCUCCAAGAAGAAUAAGGAUUCCAAAGAUGGCACCGCGUCGCCUAACAGCAUCGGCUCGUCAAGAGACUCCAAUCAGUCUCCUGUCCUCACACCCUCCUCCUCGUCUUCGAAUCUGAACGACAUCCGAAACAAACCUCUUCCGCCGAAUAAUGCUGCAGGUCUCGACAAUCCGGGGCUGGGAGGCCAAAACGCACAACUGGGCGCAGGACAGAACCCGGGAGUACCAGAUAGAUACACAGGUUUGGGUGGAUCACCACAGUCUUCUAACGGGGGAAGCACGCCGAACCGCCACGGUACCCUCCCGCCAACCGUUAUAAUCAGCCCUAGCGCUCCGCAUGUCCCCCCUCCUGGCGCCGCCGAGACCAUGCCUCAUGAUCUUGCUCCUCCGAAGGCCGGCCAGAAGUCUCUCAUGUUCGAUCGCCUUCAUCAGACCCCGAAGGAUGUGCCUGAGGGCAUUCGCACACCAAAGAGGCAACACUCUUCGAGAUUUGACAUCUCGGCCCAUCGCGAACUUGAGAAGCUCCCCGGUUUUCACGAGGUGCCGCCUAACCGUCGGCAAGAGCUCUUCAUGCAGAAGAUUGACCAGUGCAAUGUCAUAUUCGACUUCAAUGACGCCAGCGGAGAUAUGAAAUCCAAGGAGAUCAAGCGGCUGGCUCUUCACGAGUUGCUUGAUUAUGUGGCUAAUAACCGUCAAGUCAUCACUGAGCCCAUGUACCCACGGGUUGUGGAGAUGUUUGCAAAGAACCUAUUCCGUCCCAUUCCUCCACCAAUGAACCCCCAAGGCGAAGCCUUCGACCCCGAGGAAGAUGAGCCGGUGUUGGAAGUAGCCUGGCCCCAUAUCCAGGUUGUUUAUGAGUUCUUCCUCCGAUUCAUCGAGAGCCAGGACUUCAAUACCAAUAUUGCGAAGGCAUAUAUCGACCACAGCUUUGUACUUCGCCUUCUCGAACUUUUUGAUUCAGAGGAUCCUCGAGAGCGUGACUUCCUGAAGACCACUCUGCACCGAAUCUACGGAAAGUUCCUCAACCUCCGAAGCUUCAUCCGACGGUCGAUCAACAACGUUUUCUUCCAGUUCGUGUAUGAGACAGAGCGAUUCAAUGGCGUGGCGGAACUUCUCGAGAUUCUGGGCUCCAUCAUCAACGGCUUCGCUCUUCCAUUAAAGGAGGAACACAAGUUAUUCCUCACCCGAGUGCUGCUGCCUCUUCACAAGGCGAAGAGUCUGAGCAUGUACCACCCGCAGCUAGCCUAUUGUAUCGUGCAGUUCUUGGAGAAAGAUGCAUCACUUACAGAAGAGGUGGUGCUUGGUCUCCUCCGGUAUUGGCCCAAGGUGAACAGCACAAAAGAGGUCAUGUUCCUCAACGAAGUUGAAGACAUCUUCGAGGUCAUGGAUCCUGCUGAGUUCGCAAAGGUGCAGGAGCCUCUCUUCCAUCAGCUUGCCAAAUCGGUUGCAAGUCCUCAUUUCCAAGUUGCGGAACGUGCUUUGUACUUCUGGAACAACGAGUACUUUUGCAACUUGGUCAGUGAUAAUGUGGAGAUAAUUCUUCCCAUUAUGUUCGCGCCAUUGUACGAGAAUUCUAAGGGACACUGGAACAGGACGAUUCACGGGAUGGUGUACAAUGCGAUGAAGCUAUUUAUGGAGAUUAACCCGCAGUUGUUCGAUGAUUGCUCGCAUGAGUACACCGAACAGCAAAACAGCGCCGCUUCCCGGGAGGCCAUGCGUGAGAGGAAAUGGGCAACCAUUACAGAACAGGCUGGCCGCAGGAAAAUUAAUGGUGCUCCUUCAGCUCCGCUAAGGUCUCACUCUGGAUCGUUGUCAAAGGUCGACGAAAUCGAUGCAACCGAGGACAAUCAGAAGCGCCUGGACUCCCUGAAGCUGCAGGAUGGCGAUCGCAGAGAGCGCCGGCCAACCAUCCAUGAGAGACAAAAUUCGGACGAGAAUACGGAACCGGACCAGCAACCAGCUGAGGACGACGAGAUCACGGAAACCACAUGA